GUUGAUCUUGUCAAUUGCAAAUUGAGGGCUGCUAUAGAACUGGGCCGGGCUGAAAAUUCAUGGGCCUGGCCGUUGGUGCUAGCAAUGGUUACAUGAAUGGGCCCGCAUUAGAGGUGCCCAUAUUUGAUAUUUACCUUUUCGGAUUUUCCCGGGAAAGUUCUGGUUCGGAGGUUUAGGGUUUUGUCCGUGAAGAGCAGCGCCAACACAUCGAUGGAUGAGAGAGAAGUGACAGAACCGCGGAGCAGAGGCGUUGGUCCGCCCACAGCGUUGGCGUACCUCGACCCUCAGUAUUGGAAUGAGCGAUUCUCUAAUGAAGAUCAUUACGAAUGGUUCAAAGACUACUCCCAUUUUCGGGAUCUCAUUCAACACCAUGUCAAACCCAAUUCUUCUAUACUGGAGCUGGGUUGUGGAAACUCUCAGUUGUGUGAAGGGAUGUACAAAGAUGGGAUCACUGAAAUAACAUGCAUUGAUCUGUCAGCUGUUGCUGUGAAGAAGAUGCAGAAACGGUUACUAGCCAAGGGAUAUAAAGAGAUUAGAGUGUUGGAAGCUGACAUGCUAGACCUGCCCUUUGGCAAUGAAUGUUUUGAUGUUGUCAUUGAGAAAGGAACCAUGGAUGUAUUGUUUGUGGACAGUGGUGAUCCAUGGAGCCCACAGCCUGCAACAGUAGCUAAGGUAAUGGCAGUGCUUCAAGGUGUCCACAGGGUUUUAAAACCAGACGGCAUUUUUAUCUCCAUUUCUUUCGGCCAGCCACACUUCAGGCGUCCACUAUUUGUUGCUCCAGAGUUUACCUGGUCCUUUGAGUGGAGUACUUUUGGUGAUGGAUUUCACUAUUUCUUUUAUGUCUUAAAGAAGGUUUGCCAACAGAAUGCUACAAACUCUAUUGUUCUGUAUGUGUUAUUGCAUAGCACUGCGUUUAUAUCAUUGAAUGAUGUUUUGAACUUUUACCACUAUUCAUGGCAAUAUCUUCAUUUUCUACGUGGUCUCAUUCUUAAAAAGUAAAAAUUCGAUUUCUUCCUUGAAAUGCUAUGGCAGACAACAUAGAAUGAUUCCAAUUUUUUGGUCUGCAAAAUUGCUCUGCAAGUCACUUGACUGCUUUUGUCAUGCAAAUGAUAAUUCUACUUUUCCUUCCUUAUUUUUUUUAAGGGAAAGAGAUCAUCAAAUGGUGUAGAAUCUUGCAAGAAGUUCGACACACCGUCUAUUUGUUUGUUUCAAGAUGAAUUAGAGAAUGAAGAUUAUCUCUUUCGGACCAACAUUGAGGAGAUGGAAAGUCAAAAGAGUUAACCCAGGAGGCAGCUUUGUAUGCUAAAAGGCAUCUCUUUCAAGCGAUCGCACAAAUUGUCAAAGGCAUGCUCCAUUCUUCGGGGCCUCCCCAGUCUCCACAAUGGGAAAGAUUGUGUGCCAAAUCUUUCUUCUGGGUUGCCCAACUGCUGGCUGUAGCCUCCCCAAUCCCCUCUGCUCAUCUUUUGCACAAGACUUUGGUCUUGUAGUUUUGAUUUUGUUAAACCUCAAUCUGAAGUUCAAAUUUACCAUUAUGUUCAAAUUCACCAUUAUGUAAGUCUUCAAAAUUGUUCAAUGCUAAGAAGAUGCUGCAGUGGGGUUGAGACCUCACUUAAUGA